CACUCACAAAAAAUGUAGCUCUCUAUUGGUAACAGAAAUUCAAAAAUUAGUUUAGUAGAUCCCAAGAUUAUCAUUAUUUGAAAGUGUUUUAUUUUGUCGUCAAUAUUUCAAGUUCUAUCAUAUGUUAAUCAUCGAUUGGUUAUUAUGGACGAAAAUCACUGGAAAUGCAUACUUUUGUUAUUUGUACUUUGCUGCAAUGGCGCAAUUGGGAAAACCACGAUUUCGUUGAAUGAUGGAAAUGAAAUCCCAGUGAUUGCAUUAGGGACAAGCUUGGGACAUUUAUCUGACGGCACUCGGGUGUUACCAGUGAAUCAUUCACUGGCUCGAGCUGUUCAGUGGGCUCUCGAAGCUGGCUAUAGACAUAUUGACACAGCUUCACUGUACAGAGUGGAAGAUGAGGUUGGUAUUGGUAUGCGGAACUACCUCAGACAGUACGGUGGACAUCGAAAGGAUAUAUUUAUCACAACAAAGUUGUGGAAUGAUGCUCAUGAAAGGAAAGAAGUAAUUCCCGCAUUGAGGAAAACUUUACACGAGUUGCAAAUGGAAUACGUAGAUUUGUAUUUGAUGCAUUAUCCAAUGGCGUACAAGGAAGACGGAAGUAUUAGUUUAACAGAUUAUAUUGAGACUUGGAAAGGUCUGGAAGAUGCAAAAGAAGCAAAUUUGGUGAAAUCAAUAGGAGUAUCUAAUUUUAAUAUUACUCAAAUGCAACGUCUCUGGGAUAAUAGUAAAAUAAAGCCUUCAGUCUUACAAAUCGAGGUCAACCCCACCAUAACGCAGGAGGAGCUUGUAAGUUGGUGCCACAAUCACGGUGUAGUUGUGAUGGCGUACAGUCCGUUUGGUUCAAUACUGGGCCGCAAGCUGAACGCACCUCCACCGCAAGCAAAUGAUACAGUGUUAGUGGGCUUAUCUGGAAAGUAUAACAAGACGGUUCCACAAAUAUUAAUUAGAUAUUUGUUGGAUCGACAGUUAGUAGCGAUUCCACGUUCGACGAACGACAAACGUAUCAAAGAAAAUAUUGACGUAAUGGACUUUUCGCUCACUACAGAAGAAAUUGAAAAGCUGUCAAGUUUUAACAGUAAUUACAUGCUGAGGACUCCGGCUAAGUGGUAUCCGCAUCCCCAUUUCCCUUUUCCAAAAAAGAAUCUUACAGGUUAUGAAAUAAAGUUUAUAAUUGAUCACAGUAAAGAGGAUUAAGUAACAAAAUAGAUAGUCACAUUCGUCUCAAUUCAACGUCGCAGUUCAGAGGAAGUCUUAAAUAUUAUUGAUUCUUGGUAUUUCGAUUUUGUGAUUAUUGUUAGAUAAUUAUAAAAUAAAUAAAGAUAAUAAAUGGUAAGAUAAAUAUAGGUAGUACAUGGGAAAAUAACCAGACAUACAACAAACAGAGCAUUCAACACACUAGAAUAUGGAUUCAUCUGGAAUGUAUUAGAAGUACAAGGACUAGAAAAAUAUAAUAGAGAGGAAGGUUCAAUAACUUAUACACUAAGAGUUUUGUGCUAAUAAAA